AUGGAUGUUUUGUCCAAUACGGCCAAGCGACGAGCCUAUGCCGAGACCUACGCGAACUCUGCUCUUGAAAGUGUCGAUAGAGAUAUUGAACUGCAUGGAUUAACGCCAGAAGCAAGCGACUCAACAACCAAUCACGCACAGGGUGCGCGGCAACAGUUUCAUCCGAACGUGCAAUUGGACCUUGAGCCUAUUCUGGCACUUGUCACCCUAUGCACAUACGAGUAUUGCCAGCGCGGUAACAUUCCUAAGAUGCGCCUUCGAGCAAACCAGGCGAUUACUACAGCAAUGGACAUGUCGCUACAUGAUCUACCGAAGGAAGGUGUUGAGACUCCAGAGUCUCAAAGGCGUACAUGGUGGAUGGCGAUGUAUAUGGGCUAUCUCUCCUCUAUUUUGAAUGUCUCACCACCGAUUGUUUCGAUCAACGAUCCCAGGAUAGGCACACGAUAUCCCGAAUUCGAUGUACCCUAUGAGCCUUGGUCGUUGAUUUUGAAAGCACAACAGGCGCUCUUUUCUUCAACAGAGAUGUUGAAAGACUUUGAAGUCGGUCCCAAAGGACUACGCGUUCCAAUGGCCGAAAGGAACUUCAACGACCUAGACGCAGUCAUACAGUCACUGGUGAUCGAAUCAGACCGCCCGCUCCCUAUGAUGAACCGACAGGAUGCCGAAGCUGCUGCCGCCGAGGGCAUCUGGAUCAUCGCUCGUAUCUUGAUACACACGUAA